UACGUCGCUUCCGUAUCCGCAGACCGCACUGUUCGUCUCUGGCGGUUCUCAGAUCGACGAACCAUCGCGAUCUUCCAACACCCACUCGCGGCGGCAUGCGUUACGUUUUCCAUGGACGGCAAGCACAUCUUCAGUGGAGCUGAUGAUAACAUGAUCUCCGAGUGGGAAGUACCCAAGGGCGUAGAUGCAUGUUUCCAUCCUCGACUCUGAUAACACAAUUUGAGCAUGCUUAAUGUCACAGAUCCUCGCUGUUGAUGCGACCGCCCGCGAUGCAUGCAUUACGGGGGACUUGUCCAUUGCUGAAGAAUUAUUCACACAAGAAAUCAACGCCGAUGCAAACAACUACAUCUCGUAUGCCAACCGUUCGUUUGUUAUGGCACGAAAACAUGACUGGGACCACGCGCUUGAUGAUGCAAACAGGUCCGUGACCAUUCAGCCCUCCUUGACAGGUCAUAUCUCCAAGGGCAUCGCCCUAUGCGGAAAAGGGCAGGUCUGGGACGCGACGAUGGCAUUUGAUCUCGCGUUCAUGUUUACGAACGAAGAUCCGAAGAUUAUACAUUUCCUUCUCUUGAUUAAGGCUAUUGCUUUUUUCGAUGCGGAUAAACAUGAGGAGGCAAUUCUGCGCGUCCGGAAGCUAGCUUCCACGUGUCCGAAUAAUGAUACUCUUGCAUGCCACGUCGUGGAGGCAUAUCUAUGUAUUCAGCUCGGAAUCAACGCCGCGGACCAUAAUGAAGCUGCCGAUCACUUUACUGCCGCUGUCAACGCCUGCGCUUUCUCGUCUACAUUACCCAUCGAUUCUAUAUACGAGAACCUGGUGAUGCUCUUCGGAUGGGACUUGCAGUCAUUAUGGAAAAAUGCACACCAGAAACGAUGUGAUGCACUUUAUCAGGCAGAUAGACUUGGAGACGCCCUAGAAUCAUAUCGAUAUAUGAUGAAUAUGAGCGACGAAAAUACAAAGGCCAGCUGCCUUGACUGGUCCAAUGCUUUCAAGAACGAAUGCAGCGCACUCUAUCUUGCUAGCGGAGAUGCUGCCGUCGCUGAAAGCGAUUUCGACAGGGCCAUUAGCUCAUAUUCCGUGGCAAUCGACCUGAAUUCCGCAAGCGAGAUCAUCUUUGCAAACCGCAGCAAGGCUAGGUCAAAAAAAAUGCUAUGGGAGGAUGCUCUUCUUGAUGCGCAAAAGGUCAUUGAACUCAACCCUUCAUCUCACGUUGGAUACGAGGUGAAGCAUGCAGCGCUUCAUGGCGCACAACGAUAUGAUGAAGCUAUCGAGGCCUUCGAAAUGAUGAUCUCGAAAUUGCACAGUGCUACUGACAGGCAGAUACGAAAGCUGCGCGAGGAGUAUCUCAGUCGAUCCGAUGCAGAAUGUGCUAUUCGAAAGGUCAUCGAUGUUCAACUUGACACGGCCCCGCAUCGUCUACUCAGCACCACUUUCGGGCUCUUAUGCAAUAGAGAAGAGCAGAUAAGCGCCUUCCAGACGAGCACAGAUUACAAAGAACUUCUGUUAUCGAUUAUGAACCACCCUCGCCUCCGAACGGAGCACAUCACAGAGGAGGUGGUGAAGUUCUUCCAGUGCGUCAUGCUAUCGCAUAGGUGGGAAGGGACCGAACCGUUGCUGCACGACAUCAAGGACAAGGACGUAUAUGAGUUGCAGGCAGCUGGCAAUAUCGUGAAGUUGCAGUCAUUCUGCGAAAUUGCUCUUAAGGCGGGGUAUCACUGGGCGUGGGUUGAUUCGUGUUGCAUCGACCAGACGAACAAUGUCGAGCUCCAAACAUCAAUUGACUCCAUGUUUUCCUGGUAUCACCAUUCAGCGCUCACGGCCGUCUACCUGUCAGAUGUUCCGCCUUCAUCCACGUCUGGCGCACUGGCGAAGAGCGCUUGGAACACCCGAGGAUGGACCGUCCCGGAGUUCCUAGCUCCUAAAGUCAUUCGUUUCUACCAACAGGAUUGGACUUUGUAUCUCAAUGACGAGUCCCCCAACCACAAGAAGUCUGUCAAGAUCAUGGAUGAGUUGGAGGAUGCGACGGGCAUAGAUGCACGCGUCCUCGUCGCGUUUCAACCGGGGAUGAGAAACACCCGAGAGAAACUUCAAUGGGCGUCCACGCGCGCCACCACUAGGCCGGAAGACAUUGCAUACUCAUUGUUUGGGAUCUUCGGCGUCCGACUUCCUAUCCAUUAUGGCGAGAAUAAGCAAAAUGCGCUUGGGCGACUCCUGCAGGAGAUUGUGGCUCGGUCGGGUGACAUUACUGCCCUCGACUGGGUCGGACAACCAUCCAUGUUCAAUAGUUGUCUUCCCGCAGACAUUUCUUCAUAUGCAGCUCCACCGUGCGCCCUCCCAUCUUUGUCUGAAGACGAAAUGCAGACAGAGAUCUCUUUGCUGCACAAUACCGUGGCCGCCGAGUUGGCUUCAAAUCUUUAUGACGAGCUUGAAAAUAUGAGCGCUCCUCGUUUCGCGAACUGCAGACUGCAUCUGCCUUGUAUCGCAUUCCGUGUCACGGAACUCAGACGGACGCGUAGCCCUGCCUACGAGACUCGUUUUACGUAUGGAGUCAAGGCAGAUGGGCUUCGCAACCUCUUGAUUACCACAGAAGAGAAGCUGAUCCAGUUCUCGCAUGCAAGGCCCGCUCGACAGACAUUCUUCCUUGCCCGUCCAUGGGACCGCCGCCUCCUCGGGCAACCUGACUUCGAAGAGCUGCCUUCCAUUGCAGAUGACGCGGAAAGCUUGGGAGAUUGGUCCGAGUCGGAGUUUCCAUUGGACGACUCGCCAGGCGGUUCUCCUGUGGAACAUGAACUGGGUGAUUCGGACUCUCAUUCACGAGCAUUGCGAUUGAUGGUUCGCCUUGGGCAGCCGUUUGGCGCAUUUUUGCUGGCGCAGCAGCGCGGUGGAGAAUACAAAAGGAUUGCAUCGGAUCAUGAUAUCAUUGCACAGGUGAACGACGUGGCCUCUGUUCACAGCAUGAUGGCCAGAGUCAGGACUCUAGAAAUAUUGUAGCUAUAUGUAUCCUCCCCGGAGACCACAGAUCUCUGAGCAGUUUCCGUUUGUACGUGAGAGAUCAA